CUCCAAGUGCCUGGGGACUAUGGCUCUGCUCAUCUGUGAACUGGCCAACUGCUUACUGUGUCCUAUCCUUUACAGCUCAGCAAAGGAAGGCUACCCAAAGAAAAUAGCAGAGGAAAGGGGUGGAAGCAAGAGAAGGGACUGAUGAGAUUGCCAGAGGAAGAGGAAUAAUCUCUGAUACCUUUCCUCAAGAGGAAGAAAUCUUCCCUGUCCCUUUCUUCAUGCAGCCUCCAGAAAGAUGGCACACCUGUGUACCUGGCGCAUGUGUGUGUGUGUGUCAUCAAAAUAGCCGGUGCAGAUAGAGCAGCAUUGUGAACUGUGUUUAACACUGAGUAUCUGUUUUGCAUUGAUGCUUCUUCCACACGCCUUUUAAUUUCCAACUUUGGAGCCUGUGUUCAGUAAUUGUGGGCAGGUCUCUAUCACUUGCUGCGUGGUUCAUCUCCUUUUGUAUGCUCAGUCCUACAUUAAAUGGAAAAGGCACAGUCACAAGAUUUUUAGGAAACAUCCUGACUUUGAGCGUGGCCUCCUGCCCACAUCUGGCAGUGUUCAAGGUAUUCCACAAGGAUCAGCUCUUCCAAGCUACUGCAAUGUCUCAGGUUGCACCUCCAGCUGAUGGCACAGAGGAGAUUGCCACUGUCAAACUGAUCAUCACAGGCAAAGGGGUCAGUACUGAGGAGAAGAAAAAGGUCCUGAUCCGCAAGGCCAGCAGUGGCACCUUCAUCCAGACAGACAAGCCCAUCUAUCAACCAGGGCAGACGGUGAAAUUUCGCAUCGUGACUCUGGAUGAGGAAUUCAUAGCACUCAACGAUUCGAUUUCCCUGUUUCUUCAGGACCCUAAGAACAACCAGAUAGAGCAGUGGCUGAAUGUGGUCCCCCAAGACGGCAUUGCAGAUCUGUCUUUCCAGCUAAGUGAUGAGCCUCUGCUGGGGACAUACGUCAUCAACGUAACCAAUGCAAAAGCGUACGGCAGCUUCUCCGUUGAGGAGUAUGUGCUGCCAAAAUUUGAAGUGAUCUUUGAGAUGCCAAAUCAGAUUUAUGUGCUAGAUAAAACCUUCCUGCUCCGGGUAUGUGGCAGAUACACCUAUGGGAAAGGUGUCCAGGGGAUGGUUCAUGUGAGCCUUUGUCAGAAGAUAGCCCCGUUCCUGCCCAGUGCUUCGAAACCUGACCUCUGUCAGGGAUUCAACAACCAGACAGAUGAGACGGGUUGCUUCUUCACAAAUGUGAGUCUGUCCUCCUUCAGUCGAGACUUUCGGUACUAUCGGGACAGCAUAGUUGCAGAGGCCUCGCUGGUGGAGGAUGGCACAGAGAUACACGUCAAUGCUUCCCACAAAUUACUCAUCUCCAAGAUUGGCGGGAUGGCCUUGUUUGAUGAUGUGAAUUCUUACUACCACACUGGAGAGACGUACAGGGGGAAGAUUAAAGUCGUCAACUACCAAGGAAAGGCACUGAAGCACAAAAAAGUCCUCCUCGUAGUACGUUGCGGUGAACGGCAAUUUAAGCAAAAGUACAUCACUGGGGACUCUGGGACAGCUUCAUUUAGCCUGAACACAACUACUUGGAACAGCACCUCGGCCUCCCUGGAGGCAAGUGUACUGCAUCAAGAUUUGGGCAGAGAGCCUGGGACAGUUGAUUUGAGUUACCAGCGAGCCUCUUACUUCAUACGUCCAUUCUACAGCACCAGCAGGAGUUUUCUCUCUAUUGUCCGUGUGCCAGAAACAAUGCCCUGUGGUAAAAAGCAAGCUGUCCAGGUGGACUUCAGAAUUUAUCAGGAGGACCUGGAACAUGGGCCCAAGCGUGUCAUUUUCUCCUAUUUUGUCACAGGGAAAAGAGGGAUAGUCCACGCAGGUCAGAAGACUGUUUGGGUUGGGCUGCCAAGAAUGCUGAAAGGCUCCUUCUCCAUCCCUCUUACCUUCAGCUCGAUCUAUGCCCCAGCUCCAAGACUUGUUGUUUAUGUUAUCUUCCCUAAUGGAAAAAUCAUCGCUGAUUCUGCCAUCUUCAGUGUUUCCAUGUGUUUCAGAAAUAAGGUGGAGCUGGGCUUCUCGACGCCGGAGACUCUUCCUGAUUCAGAGGUUGGUCUCUACCUGCUGGCAGCUCCUGGGUCCAUGUGUGCUGUCUGGGCUGUGGAUCGGAGCGUCCUUUUGCUGAAGCCAGGAGAAGAGCUCAGCAGCUCCUUCAUCUAUGGGCUGUUCCCAUCUGUUUAUAACUCCAGGUAUCCUCGCCAAGUGUCUGAAGAUGAUAAUUCUUGCGGGUUCCCAAAUUCUGAUGAGCCUGAUGUGUUUUCAGCAUUCAGGGAAAUGGGGUUGAAAAUUAUGUCCAACACUAAUAUAAGGAGACCCAGAGUGUGUCCAACCACUCCAUUGACAACUAUGCUGCAGGAAACAGGAGUGUUUACUUCCAGGCCCCAGUUGAUGUUUGCCCAGCCCCAUAAAGCAUAUACCACAGAGCAUCUGUCAACAUCUACCUAUCAGCCCACUAUGUUUUCACCUCUUUCUUCAGCUGGAGAGAAAGUACACAAGCAUUUCCCUAAAACAUGGAUAUGGGAUUUGUAUUCUGUGGGUCCCAGUGGGAGCAAGAACAUCACUGUCACUGUGCCUGACACCAUCACAGAAUGGAAAGCAGGGAUGUUCUGCACAGGACAUCAUGGCUUUGGACUUGCUCCAACCUCCAGUCUGCUUGUUUUCAAGCCUUUUCUUGUGGAGCUCACACUGCCAUCUUCUGUGAUCCAGGGUGAGACCUUCAUCUUGAAAGCCACAGUCUUCAACUACCUGCAGCGAUGCAUGAAGAUCCAAGUGGCCCUGGAGGAGUUUGCACACUUCCAGCUGAAGCCAUGCAAAGGCUGUGUCUACAGCAGCUGCUUAUGUGCCGGAGAAGCUAAGACCUUUCAGUGGAAUGUCACAGCUGAGCAACUGGGGCUCAUGAACAUCACCCUCAGCACAGAGGCUGUGGCCACUGAAGAGCGCUGUGGCGAAGAAAUACCAUUUGUCCCAAACCAAGGACAGAAAGACACGAUCAUCAAACUCCUUCUAGUCCGGCCAGAGGGAGUGUUGGUAGAGAAGGCUCACAGCUCCAUCCUGUGUCCCAAAAAAGGGAAUCCAGCACAGGAGUCUGUGUCCCUGAUGUUGCCUCUAAACGUGGUUGAAGGUUCAGUCAGAGCCACCGUCUCAGUCACCGGUGACCUCAUGGGGAUGGCACUGCAGAACCUGGACCACCUGGUGCAGAUGCCCCACGGCUGUGGGGAGCAGAACAUGGUGCUGUUUGCCCCCAUUGUCUAUGUGCUGCAGUACCUGGAGAAGACGAGGCAGCUGACCCCUGAGAUCAAGGAGAGGGCAACAGGAUUCCUGCGCAACGGGUACCAGAUACAGCUGCAGUAUCAGCACCCUGAUGGUUCCUACAGUGAAUUUGGUACCAAGGAUGAGUAUGGUAAUACUUGGCUGACUGCAUUUGUGGUUAAAUGCUUUGUCCAAGCCAAGCCAUACAUUUUCCUGGACAACAGGACCAUCCAAGCUGCUCUCACCUGGCUGGAGUUCCACCAGCUUCCCAAUGGUUGCUUCAGAAAUGUGGGCCAACUUUUCCACACAGCCAUGAAGGGAGGUGUGGAUGGAGAAGUCCCCUUGGCUGCCUACAUCACUGCUGCAUACUUAGAGGCAGGAGAGACACCAGAGAGCACAGUGGUGCGCAAGGCUCUGGGCUGCAUCGCUCCUUCCCUUCCCAAAGCUGCCAGCACUUACACCCAGGCCCUGCUGGCCUACACCUUCGCCCUGGCUAAGGACUCUCAACGCACGCAAGAGCUACUUGAUACGCUUGAUCAAAAGGCAAUCAGAGCAGGUGGGCAGAUCCACUGGAGUCAGACCUCAUCCAAGCCCAGACCCAGCACCAGCCCUUGGUCGCAGCCACUGUCUGUGGAUGUGGAGUUGACAGCCUACGUCCUCCUGGCCCUGCUCUCCAAGCCAAACGUCACAGGGUCUGAUCUCGCCACAGCCUCUGGCAUCAUGGCCUGGCUCACCAGGCAGCAGAAUGCCUAUGGAGGGUUUGCCUCAACACAGGACACAGUAGUCGCCUUGCAGGCCUUGGCUAAGUAUGCAGCACUGACAUACAGCACGAAAGGCUUUGCAGAAGUGAGGGUGAGGUCCCAGAGAGGCUUUGGGAGGAAGUUCCAAGUCUCCUACCAGAACCGGCUGUUGGUGCAGGAGGCGGCACUGACAGAAGUCCCGGGCAAGUUCUCAGUGCAGGCCCACGGCAGCUGUUGUGUCUUUACCCGGAUGGUGCUGAGGUACAACACGCCCUCCCCACAGGUCUCCACAUCCUUUGCCUUGCGAGUGAAAACCGAGCCAGUCAAUUGCACCGAGGAUGAUACACACUCUGUUACUGUCUAUGUCCAUGUCAGGUACACUGGGAAGAGAUCCACUUCCAACAUGGUGAUCGUGGAGGUGUCCCUACUGUCUGGAUUCAUCCUGGCUCCAGAAUCCAGGAUGUCUCUGCAGCAUUGGCACUCUGUGAAAAGAACUGAGAAAACACAAGGAGGUGUUGCCUUCUACUUGGACAAGCUGAGCCAUAAGUCUGAGACAUAUGUCCUGCAUCUGGAGCAGGAGAUUGGGGUGACCAACCUGAAGCCAGGCCAUGUCAGGGUCUAUGACUACUACCAUCCAGAGGAGCAGGCCCUGGCUGAUUAUAAUGUCUUCUGCAUCUGAGGAGCCCUGUGUAUCUCUGAUUCAGCAUGUUCCCUUCAUCCAGGACUGUAUCUGGAACUCCCUAGGCCUCCAGGAACUUUAGUCUCUGCCCUCUGUUUUCUGGACUUUGUAAUGUAGUCUUUGCUGGAUUGCCCUGUAGGCUGGGCAUGAAGUGAUUAACGUGUCCAUGCUGUGAAGGACUAGUCGUGCGCAUUUUCUGGGACUCUGUGCAGGGCUGUCUGGGCUGGUAUAGUUCCUGGGUCUGCAUGCCAGCUGAGUGACAAUGCUCAUAGAUGGUUUGCACUGUUCCAGAAGAACUUGCAAGCAGAAUUCAUGGUACUAGUUUGAGCUUACUCUGCGUGUGGAGAGUCCCUCUUUCUGGGGAGGGGCUGAGGUAGAACAAGGGCACUAGAUCAAACCAGAAAAAAUGCUUUCCUUCAGAGUCCUUAGUGAGAGCCUGGGCUCCCUAGCUGUUAGCAUCCCAGAGUUAGUAAUUUGGGUCAUAUUAUUUGCUGGCUGGGUUACUCCCUCUUCCUGCUCUCAUUUCUCCAAGGACUUGGUCUGCUCCCUUAUUGUCCACUGUUUCAGCCCGCAGGGAUCCCACUAGUGCGAGAUGCCCUAGGGACAGCAGGGCUGCUGCAUUAUUGCUUCUGGUAUGAUGGGGCAUGCACCACCUGGAAAGUCACUUAUCGGUGGGCUGGGGCAAAUCUCAAGUUGCAUUUCAGGACUAAACCCAGCCUAAGCCAUCCUGCUCAUCCUGACAGCCAUUUCCUGGUGAAUUCUUUGGGGUGUGUGAUUAAUUCUGAUUGUUUUAAUCCAGGGAUUUUCUUGCUUGUAAAAAGAAUGAA